AUGAUGUUGAAUUGUGAGAAUAAACAGGAACAAUCAAUUUUAGAACCAAAUCUUUCAUUUGUUGCGUCGAACGAAACUGUUCAUACUACAUCAUCACCACCACGUGUUAGUACAUCAAAUCCAACAUUUGUUCCCAAUAAUUCUAGUGUAGUAGUGACAAAUCAAACGACUUCACAUAACAAUAUGUCACCACCGAUUGCUCGUCCUGGUUUCAACAUAACAACUGCUGAUCGUAAACUUCGUCCAAAUAGUUUAGAUAUUCACCGACAAACAGUACCAGGUCAUUCAAUGUUAACACCAGGUGAUUAUUCUAAAUUAGUAUUAUCAACACCUGAGUUAGAUGAAAAAUUACGCGGCUAUACAAAUAUUGUCACAAAUACAUCAACCCCAACUGUUCAGUUGCAAACACCUGAUUUAAUUAAUUCAAUUACAAAUGCUCUAUCUCAACAGCAGCAACAAUCGUUUAUAAGCGACGGUACACCGAGUCCAAGUAUAAAAAGUUUAGAAGAUCUAAUUAGUUCACAUCAAUCACAACCAAAUAUUACUCAUAGCAACAAUACUAACCAUAAUCCAUUACAAGUAAUUCAACAAUUAUCAUCUCAGCAACCGUCAGUAUCACUUUCGUCCGAUAAUAACAGUAGUGCAUUAGCGCAACAAUUUCUUAUGCAAAUAAAUAGUCCACAACUUCAAGCGGCGUUAGCUAAUGCGCUUCGAAAAUCUGUUUCAACGUCUAAUAAUUCAACGACAACACUAAACACAGAAAUUAAUAAUCGUGUUUUUACAACUGACAAUAACACAAACAAUAGUGGUAGUAUGAAUAAUAUAUCACGAAAUCGAUCUCAUUCUUCAUCAAUGGAUGCAUCUGUCAAUGGCUCAUCCACUUCUUCUUCUCCAUCUCCAAUAACACAAUCAUCAUCGUCAAUAAUGAAUACAAGCAGUAUACCAUUGGGAAAAAUCAAAGAUGAACCUCAACAUGUGCCGUCAUCUUCAUCAUUAAUAACGACAACCGCAACAUCGAAUAUGGUACCGGGAGUUGAACGAAUAAAUAUGGAACAUAAUGAAGUGAUUAAACGAGAAAAAAAACGAGAAAGAAAUCGACAGGCAGCACAAAAAUGUCGUACAAGAAAAUUAACUCGUAUUGCCGAACUUCAAAAACGUGUUAAUGAAUUACAAGAUAAUAAUAAGCAAUUGAAUGAUACAGCUGAAAAAUUAAGACAAGAAAUAUCCAAAUUAGAGAGACAAUUAAGUGAUCAUCAAACCUCUGGUUGUAAUCUAACGUUAUCCUCUGUUCCACCACCAUCCAUUACAACAACAACCUAUAGUUAUUCGAGAUAA